AAGUCUGGCUUCCACCUACGUCUCCAUUCAAGUUCCGACGCCAUUUUCAAACCGGAAGUCAGAGGAAUUUUCCCUACUGCGAUGCAUACGCUAUAUUUUGAGAUUAACAUAGUCAUAAAGCACUGCGGUGGAGCUUGAGACAGCAACGGGAGGGCACGCUGAAAUAUAUCAAAUGACAGCUGAUUGUGUGGUGUCGUUUGUUGGCCUAGAUCGAGUACGCCCAAUUGUAAAUUCACCCAAUCACGACAAAUGUACGUCCUGACCCACUUUUUAUGGGAUAUAGACGCUUACCUGUAAACGGACUGUUAUCGUCAGCGAUGGCACAGUCGACAUGCAAAAUGUUUACAAUGUUCGUCUAUGGAACAUUGCAAAAAGGACAACCCAACCAUGCGGUGAUGUCAGAUACAAAAAACGGUGUAGCGAAAUAUAAGGGAAGAGGACUUACAGCAAAGAAGUACCCUUUGGUGAUUGCAUCCGACUUUAACAUUCCAUUUCUGUUAUUUAAAGAAGGUCAUGGAAAGAACAUUCAAGGUGAAAUCUAUGAAGUCGAUGAACAAAUGCUUGCCACGCUGGACGAGUUGGAAGGUCAUCCCAUUUUCUAUGAGCGAGACCUGACUCCCAUAGAUGUGACGCAGAGUGACAACCAGUUGUCAGCCCAAACAGACUGCUGGUGUUACUUUUUGAAGAAAUACAAACCCAAGAUGUUAGACCUACCCUACCUGGACAGAUACGACUCUCAAGGGGAUCAUGGAUUAAAAUAUGUAGAAAGCGAGGAUUUAUCCGACCCAGAGUGUAUAUGACUGAAGUGAAGAAGUCAUAUAUCACAGCACAACUACAUAUAUCCAUCAGGCUUUAAUGACAUGCUGUCAAAGAGCUCACACAUUAUGGCCAUAUACUUCUCACUAUGACAAGUAGAAAUGGGCAUCUGUUUAGCCCUGGAAUCUCAUGCUUGUUCAAGAGUACUAAUUUGUACUGGGGACAAGUACUGUAUUAUUCCAAUGAUGAUGGUAUUUCCUUUGACAAGUAGGUUGAGGUGUACUGAAAUGCUAGCCCUGGAAAAACAGAGAAUGAUAUAUUCAUAAAUCAGCAUGGAGUAUCAUGUAUUCACACGGUUGUGUGACUUGGAAGGCUUAUUCUCUCAUAUAGUAAUGUGCAUGGAUGUGUGAGUGACAUUCUCAUUGCUGGUUUUAUGACACUAAACCACUGACAUAUAUUGCCGCAUGCAUCCCUCUGUGAGUUCUUAAAAUAUCCAGUUGUUGGGUGAUCUUGCAACUUGAUCGAGUAGCUUUAAAAUGUGUUUAAACUUCAAUUCUUUUGUCUAUAUGUCUUAGUUGUAUGCAAAACAAAUACCUCAGAUGUGACUAACACUCUGCCACCGAAUAUAUUCAUUUAUCUGACUGCAUCAAUUUCCAAGAAAUUAUGAGUGAAGCCCACUUCUGAUAUCCCUUAUCAUGAUAUUGCUGGAAUAUUGCUAAAAGCGGUGUAAAACUUAACUCACUCACUCCAAGAAAUUAUAUACAGAACACAUUUUACUUUAAACACAAUGUCACCCUCAGCUAAACAACUAACUUAAAACACAAUAUACAGUAUUCAAAUUUGUGAAGUUACAAUCUUAGUGUGUUACAUAGGGUAUACAUGAACUGAUCGAACAUAUUAGUCAGUGUAGUUCAUCUUUACCUCAAGAACCUUGUCAAGACACAGUCUCCAAACACACCUUAAGUGUCACUCUCUAGAAGCAAGCACAGUUUGCUAAUUGGUCGUCCAGAACCUUUGAGUUUUCAUCUCAGCAGGUCUUAAAACACCCUUUGUGAAAAGUUUCUGGUUGCUGUAUUGCCUAAUGAGCAGGUCACCAAUCUUUAAAUUUCUUCCAGGUUGACCCACUUCUGUCAGUCUAGUGGUUAUGACAGGUACUCUCUUAAAGGUCCCAUCCCAACCAUAUCCGCUAUAUCCUUCAACUGACACCACUAAUAUCUUAGAAAAGAACCAUCCAUUCCAAACAUACCUGUGCUGUAAGGCACAUGAACAUUAACUCCAAACCUUGUUUUGUGGCUUUAUAGCUGGUGAUUUCAAGGUUUUGUCCAUGUAUGCUGUUGGAUUGGUGUUUGUUACCAAAUGUUUUAUGCAAAAGUGAUCUGGCUUGUCCAUGUGUGACUACAGCUUCUGAACAA